AGGAUAAAACAGCAUGCAUUUCCCUACUCCACAUUUCCGGUUUUAAGCAAGCCUCGCUGCUGUGGUCGCCAUUUUCCAGCAGACGUCUAACAAGAAGCAGGUCGUGCUUUUCUUCAGCAAGAAAGAAACCAUGAGUGGAUGCCGGGUUUUCAUCGGUCGCCUGAGCCCCCAUGCUCGCGAGAGGGAUGUGGAGAAAUUCUUCAAGGGAUAUGGACGGAUUCGGGAGAUAAACCUGAAAAACGGGUUUGGUUUCGUGGAGUUUGAUGACCAUAGGGAUGCCGACGAUGCGGUUUAUGAGCUGAACGGCAAGGAGCUCUGCAGUGAAAGGGUGACUAUUGAGCAUGCUCGCUCACGUAGAGGAAGGGGUGGUGGACCUGGAGGAGCCGGCGGCGGUGGUGGUGGUGGACGAUUCUCUCCUCGUUUCAGUGGCUACCGCCAGUCUCGCAGUGGAAGUUCCAGAUAUGGCCCACCUGUACGCACAGAACACAGAAUCAUUGUGGAAAAUCUGUCGUCCCGGAUCAGCUGGCAGGAUCUGAAAGAUCUGAUGAGGAAAGUUGGCGAGGUCACUUUUGUGGACGCCCACAGAACCAACAAGAACGAAGGGGUGGUUGAGUUUGCAUCCCACGGGGACGUGAAGAAUGCUAUUGAUAAACUGGAUGGGACCGAACUGAAUGGACGCAAGCUGAAGUUGUUUGAAGAUCGCAAGAGGAACCGCAGCAGGAGCCGCUCCCGGUCCCGCAGCUAUUCCCGCUCCCGCAGCCGCUCCCGCUCCCGGUCCCGCUCCAAGUCCCUGAGCCGCAGCCGCAGCCGCAACAACUCCAGGAGCCGGUCCCGCUCCGUGAGCCGAACCCCGGAGAAAAAGGUCCCCGGCAGGCCCGCCCCGCGCUCGCCGUCCCGCUCCCCGUCCCGCUCUAGGUCCCGGUCCCGUUCCCCGACCCCGCCCCCCCAGAGGAAGCAGUCCCAGUCCCGCUCCCGCUCCCCCUCUGCUGAGAGUCAGCACUGAGGGCGGGCUUAAAAGAAAAGAGGCGGAGUCACGACUGCCAUGACCACUGAUGUGGGUGUGGCCGCCAGCGUAGGGCUCGAGACAACCUUGCUGCCAUUGGUUGUUUGAAGACUGUUGGGGUGGGAUGCUCAGAGAAAUCUGAGAACCUUUUAAAACUAUUCCUUUUGCCUCUGCUGGCAUGUAAUUGCGCCAGCUACAGUCCAGAACUGUUUUCUAUCCCUGCAGUUAGAUUUAGCUUUUUGUUCUUUUGUAUGCCUGGAUUGGGGGAUUCUUCAUUUUAAAAAAAAAAAAAGGAAAAAAAAGAAAAUGAAGUAGCCCAUUUUCCCCUGGGCUUCUAUUAAUUUUUAUUAAGAAAAACGUAAGCUUUUUAUUGAACUCACUGAAACGUAUACAGUGUCCAGAUGUCUUGUUAAUGCAGCUUUCCAUGUUGGUGAUAGUUUGAUCGUAAUCAAAUUUAGUUUCAAGCGUAGAGGCAGGGGAGAGUGACCGGAAAAACGGUCGCUUUCCCAGACUGUCGGACUGAUGUGGAUCCUGUGUAUGCGACUAGUAUUCUCUGGCCAUAAUCUCACAAGUGUUGACUCCUCCCCCUAGUUUCUGCCCAUUUUUUUUUUUUUUUUUAAAAAGGGUGUUUAUUUUGUCAUGGCUUUCAUUGUUCCAGAGUACAGAGAGCCUUGGCAACAAAAGCACAUGACUAUUUAAUAUUUAAUGGCUGAUUUGCAGACCGAGCUCUACUGCUUGGUCAUUGUUUUUUUUGUUUUGUUUUUCUCCCCUCUUCCUCUGGAAGCAUAAAUAUGUUAGAGAAUGAGAGCGAAUAGGGCAAAGUGAGAUGGGCGAUUAUGCACUUGAUUAAUCUUUAAAGUGGGUGCGUGUACAUAGUGUUCUGUUUAGUCCCUCACCUCAACUUUUUGUGUGCUGUUUUACACACACAGAGGUCUAGGACAUGGUUGUAAUGUGCAUGUGGUUCCAGUUUUGUUUGUUGAUUUUUUUCUGAAUUUUUUUAUUUGGAGAUGGACUUGUUUGCAGAUUCUGACCUGGUUUGGUGCAAGGAGUGCAACAUGCUUCUGUGCCCUGUAGUCGCAGCAGGGGGUGGGGGGGGGGGGCACUCGUGGCCCAUGUUUAGGACCCGUUUGGUGGCCCGAGCAGAGUUCUACGCCGUUUCCACAGCCUGGCAACGACUGCCCCCCACCCCCCACCCCCACCCCUGCACCAAAGCAAGAAUGCCAUCUGCGCUGUCCUCUCCCGUGCAGCUCGGUUUCAGGAACAGUCCGUCUGUGUUUACGGAGACGCUCGACUGGGGGAGCCUUGCGAGUGUGGGUAACGGCGAGUGAAAUGUCAGAUGUUAAAACUGUCGAUUGUGGAGGCGAUUUGCUACAGAAAAUUAAAACUGAUCCUACAGAA